AUGACAAGUUGAGCCCGGUCUUGCACCCUAGAAGCACCCGACAAGGUUGACCUCUAUCUCCAUUAUUAUUCAUAUUUUUGUUGGUCAAUAAUACAAUACACUGGAUUGUACACAAAUCCUCAUUAUAUGUUUAUAAUGUAUUGUUUUAUAUUAGGAAGCAGGAAAGUCAGUGUCUCAAUUUAUUAUACCCCUAUCGGGUAUAAGCUUGAAAGGUAUGAUAAAAGUUAAGUUAGAACUUAUUUCUCAGUCCAAUAUUGUGUAGCUACUGUACAUGUAUCCAGACAGCCAGACAUUAGCAACACUAGACCAGACAUAAUUAAUAUAGUUACACCCCUCUGGUGUGUAGGUCCCAGAGCUACAAAGCCAGCACUGAUAAUUAUAUCUCUGUCUGUGAAAACGUUCACAAAAUAGUACAGUCAUGGUCAAAAGUUUUGAGAAUGACACAAGUAUUGGUCUUCACAAAGUUCGCUGCUUCAGUGUUAUGAGAUAUUUUUGUCAGAUGUUACUAUGGUAUACUGAAGUAUAAUUACAAGCAUUCCAUAAGUGUCAAAGGCUUUUUAUUGACAAUUACAUUAAGUUUGUACAAAGAGUCAAUAUUUGCAGUGUUGACCCUUCUUCUUCAAGACCUCUGCAAUUCGCCCUGGCAUGCUAUCAAUUAACUUCUGGGCCACAUCCUGACUGAUGGCAGCCCAUACUUGCAUAAUAAAUGCUUGGAGUUUGUCAGAAUUUGUGGGUUUUUGUUUGUCCACCUGCCUCUUGAGGAUCGACCACAAGUUUUCAAUGGGAUUAAGGUCUGGGGAGUUUCCUGGCCAUGGACCCAAAAUGUCGAUGUUUUGUUCCCCGAGCCACAUAGUUAUCAAUUUUGCCUUAUGGCAAGGUGCUCCAUCAUGCUGGAAAAGGCAUUGGUCGUCACCAAACUGUUUUUGGAUGGUUGGGAGAAGUUGCUCUCGGAGGAUGUGUUGGUACCAUUCUUUAUUCAUGGCUGUGUUCUUAGGCAAAUUUGUAAGUGAGCCCACUCCCUUGGCUGAGAAGCAACACAUGAAUGGUCUCAGGUUGCUUUACUGUUGGCAUGACACAGGACUGAUGGUAGCGCUCACCUUGUCUUCUCUGGACAAGGUGUUUUCCGGAUGCCCCAAACAAUUCAUCAGAGAAAAUGACUUUACCCCAGUCCUCAGCAGUCCAAUCCCUGUACCAUUUGCAGAAUAUCAGUCUGUCCCUGAUGUUUUUCCUGGAGAGAAGUGGCUUCGUUGCUGCCCUUCUUGACACCACGCCAUCCUCCAAAAGUCUUCGCCUCACUGUGCGUGCAGAUGCACUCACACCUGCCUGCUGCCAUUCCUGAGCAAGCUCUGCACUGAUGGUGCCCCGAUCCCGCAGCUGAAUCAACGUUAGGAGACGGUCCUGGCACUUGCUGGACUUUCUUGGGCGCCCUGACUCCUUCUUCACAACAAUUUUAACCUCUCUCCUUGAAGUUCUUGAUGAUCCGAUAAAUGGUUGAUUUAGGUGCAAUCUUACUAGCAGCAAUAUCCUUGCCUCUGAAGCCUUUUUUUGUGCAAAGCAAUGAUGACGGCACCUGUUUCCUUGCAGGUAACCAUGGUUAACAGAGGAAGAACAAUGAUUUCAAGCACCGCCAUCCUUUUAAAGCUUCCAGUCUGUUAUUCUAACUCAAUCAGCAUGACAGAGUGAUCUCCAGCCUUGUCCUUGUCAACACUCUCACCUGUGUUAACGAGAGAAUCACUGACAUGAUGGCAGCUGGUCCUUUUGUGGCAGGCCUGAAAUGCAGUGGAAAUGUUUUUUUGGGAUUAAGUUCAUUUUCAUUGCAAAGAGGGACUUUGCAAUUAAUUACAAUUCAUCUGAUCACUCUUCAUGACAUUCUGGAGUAUAUGCAAAUUGCCAUCAUCAAAACUGAGGCAGCAGACUUUGUGAAAAUUAGUAUUUGUGUCAUUCUCAAAACUUUUGACCACGACUGUACACUUGUUAUUGAAGCGUAGUAGUUAGGUGUGCUAAAAUGCCUGUUUGAUAUUUUGGCUCACCCCUGCACAUCCCUUACAGCCUUUUGAUGCAAUGUAUACAUUUUUUAUGGCUAUUGUUUAUUUUCAGUUCAUGGUCUUGUUUGGUUGGUUCUGGUUUCAUUGAAUCUGCACUGGUAUAGUAUUUUCAGUUUUUUAUAUAUAUUUUAAUUUUCUGUAGAUUAGUAUUUUAUUUUUUUGUUCCGCUUUGCUUUUUAUGUUUUAUGUUUUAUAUAAUUACUUUCCAGUGUUUGAUUGAAUAGCUAUUGUCUUUGUUCAGAUCGUCUUGCAUUUCUUCUAACUCUGCUCUUUUCUUUUUCUGUUUGCAGGAGGGGAGUUAGUCAUCCCUGUACUUGUAGAGGAUCCCAUAGACAUCCCUCCUGUUUCCACCCGUUCCACCUUCAUCCCCCUCCCCCCAACCCUCCGCCCUGUCCUCACCAUUAUCGAGACCACAAAAGAGUCCCUGCCCAUGGCCACUGAGGUGGGGGUACCUUGCUUGUCGGACCGAGGCAGCGAUGAUUGUGAUGAUGGUCUUGAUGGUGAUGGUGGUGAUUAUGAUGGCAUGGUGAUUUCGGGGUUUGGCUCUGGCGAAGCUUUCGACUCUAGCCUGCCCCCUACUGACGAUGAAGAUUUUUACACCACCUUCUCCCUGGUAACAGAUAAGAUCUUGACCACGUCGGCCUAUGAAGGUGGCUACAACGCUCUCGCGCCCAAGUGGGAGGCCAAGGACUUGAGGCCUAGUAAAGCCUCAGAGGCGGGUAGGACUACACCCACCCCGCCUCUACCCGACCUCAGGGGCACUGUAGCGGAGGCGUCCCUCCCAUCAGACAGCACGCCAGCCAAACUGCCCGCCGGGAAAAUGGACAACCGCGAAGUGAUCAAAGCCCUGCAGCCGGACAUAGUCCUGCUGCCUCUGCCCACUGCGUCCUUCGACCUGGAUGGCACCAAGCCUCGUGGGCCCCUCAUCACCUCACCCAUGCUGCGUACGGUGCCCGCCGCGUUACCCACCGCACCCGUCGUGAGGCGUGUGCCCCCGGGGCCCUCUGAGGUGAUACGAGAAUCCAGCAGCACAACGGGCAUGGUGGUGGGGAUCGUCUCGGCCGCGGCACUCUGCAUCCUCAUCCUCCUCUAUGCCAUGUACAAGUACAGGAACAGGGACGAAGGUUCCUACCAGGUAGACGAGACACGGAAUUACAUCAGCAACUCGGCGCAGACCAACGGCACCGUGGUGAAAGACAAAGCGCCCAGCGGGGGCAGUGGCGCCAAGGGAUCCAGCGGCAAGAGACCGAAAGACAAGGACAAAGAAUACUAUGUAUAG